AUGAUUAGUUAUGAAUUAAUUCUUAGUUCUGCAGUUCUAGCUGUUAUUUUACUAACGGGAACUUUCCACUACACGUCAAUUAUCGAAAGUCAACAGAGUGUUUGAUUUAUUAUCCCACUUCUACCAUUAUUCAUUGUAUUUUUCAUCUCAGUAUUAGCCGAAACUAAUCGUACACCAUUUGAUUUACCUGAAGCGGAAUCUGAAUUAGUAGCGGGAUUCUUUACUGAGCAUAGUAGUAUUAUUUUUGUGUUUUUCUUCUUAGCCGAGUAUUGUAGCAUUGUACUUAUGUCUUCAUUUAGUGCUAUUCUAUUUUUAGGUGGCUAUAUUAUGCCUGAAAUUGUGUCUAAUGAUACUUUUAUUAAUAUUCAAAGUAUUGUUUUAGCUCUUAAAACUUGUAUUUUCUGUUUCAUUUUUGUAUGA